AUGAGGUUAAAGAGAGUUGUGUGAUUUUCGUUUUACAAUAUAAGAUUGUGAUAUUGCAUUGGAUAAAGAAAAUAAAUGCAAAUAGUAUAUAAAUUUGAGUAUAAUACUAAAUACAGCACUUCAUUAGGAGAAUGCAUCCGCGAGAUAAAAACAACCGUUUAUUAUGGAUAUGGAUUUGCCUAACUUCAUUUUUUUUUCCUAAUAGAUUUGUACGUUUAUUACUGGAUUUAACGAGAUAUCAGGAAUCACGACCAAAGCUUGGUGAACACGGCGACAGUACAUCGGAAAAAUGGAUUAAAUUAAUUUCCAAUUAAACGUAUACCAAGUGGUUGAUGUUUAUCGAACCGUCAACACUUAAGCAAAUUUCAUUUAUGUAAACAGUUUAUGUGAUACUUUGAAGAAUAUGACAGUAUACGUUCAUCGCCACAACUUUAUUAUAUUUUUUUCUACGAAUGUGAUUAUUUGCUAAUUAACAGAUAUAUUUCAUCGUGAUUUUAUCGAAAAUGUUAGCAUUAUCAGCUCGAUAGUGAUUUAAACAAAAUAAGCAUCUUAUACACAGGAAUCAAUACAUGUGAUUUUAAACGAAUGUGAAAGUGUUCGCGUACAUCAAUGCUUUUAAUAUUCGUCAAAGGGAAGCUUUUGUGAAGCGUUUUUUUUUUUAAAACUCGAAUUCAAAUUAAAAUAAAGUGAGAGUCUGAAUAAUUAUAUAUAAAUUUGUGUUUAUUGACGAAUAUGACAGUGUUCGUUGAAUUACCAAAACUCGGAAGUGAUUUCCCCACGCAAGCUUAUAAGUGAUUUUCGCAAGGUGUGAAACUUGUCUGAUUUUAACCGAAUGUCAAAAAAUCGGUUGUGAACAUUGAACAUUUUCAUUGAGUCAUGGCUUCCCGAAAUCAACGACCGGAAGAUGCAGCAUGCGAGAUGGCACGGGAGGCUGAACCGGAAGGGCGGCCUGGGUCCGUGCUGUACGCCGUGGAAGAUGUGCCGGCACCGCAUCUCUGUUUUCUGUUUGGACUUCAGCAAGCUAUUAUGUGCAUUGGCGGCUCGCUGUCCAUUCCAUUCAUAAUUUCCGGUCUGAUUUGCGCAAGUGAUAUGCCGGAAGUGACAUCAGAACUGCUCAGUAUUACAAUGUUUAUGUGCGGCGUAGCGACCUUGCUGCAGAUUAUUUUCGGAAUAAGGCUAGGCAUUGUCCAGGGUGGCUCCCACACGUUUGUAGCCCCCAUUGUGGCAAUGAUGGCGGUGGAUAAGUGGGCGUGUCCGGAAACAGGUGCCGUAGGAGUAAAUGGAACAGCCAUUGACAGGGAAGAAGUCUGGCAAAGCAGAAUGAGGGAGAUCCAGGGAAACCUGAUGGUUGCAUCGUUGACGCAAGUGUUUCUUGGCUGUACGGGGCUAAUUGGAGUCCUAAUGCGUUUUAUCGGACCUCUCACUAUCGCCCCGACCAUCUCGCUUAUCGGCCUCUCUCUAACUGGCGUCGUUAUAGAAUUUAACAAAGUGCACUGGGGCGUCGCCUUCCUAGCCAUGGCACUAACGCUGAUGUUCACGCUGUAUCUAGGGGGCGUACGGGUACCAUUUCCGGGUUGGACCCGGAUCAAGGGCUGUCACAUGAUCAAAUACCCGCUCUUUCAGCUGUUUCCGGUGAUCCUGAGUAUCUGCUUCAGUUGGCUGUUCUGUUAUAUCUUGACGGUGACGGACACGUUCACCACCAACAGCACACUUCCGGCGUACCAGGCGCGAACAGACGCGAGGCUUGACGUCCUCGAGCGGGCGCCAUGGUUUUACUGGCCCUACCCCUUUCAGUUCGGAAUACCGAGCGUCAGUGCCGCCGGCUAUGUCGGUCUCCUUGCAGCCACUCUGUCCUCUAUCAUAGAAUCCAUCGGCGACUACUUUGCGUGUGCCCGGAUAUCAGGGGCGCCACCCCCGCCCGCGCAUGCUGUCAACAGGGGGAUCGGCAUUGAGGGCCUCUCUAGUAUCGUUUCCGGUCUGGUAGGGGCGGGCCAUGGAACCACAUCGUACAGCGGAAAUAUUGGAGCUAUCGGCAUCACAAAGGUAGCGAGCCGCGCGGUCUUUUUGACGGCGGGGGGUAUUCUAAUUGUGUGCGGCGUCGUCGGCAAGUUUGGGGCGGUCCUGUCUCUAAUACCCGACCCCGUCAUCGGAGGCACCCUGACCGUGCUGUUUGGGAUGGUGUCGGCCGUCGGGAUCUCCACCCUUAAGUAUGUGGACCUAGACUCUACCCGGAACCUCACUAUCCUGGGAACCUCCCUUUUACUUGGACUCAUGGUUCCGCAAUUCAUCAAUGAUCCAAAUAAUGCCGCGGCCAUUGACACAGGAUCCGAGGAGCUGGACCAAAUGAUCAGGGUUAUGCUGGGAACCGCCAUGUUCGUCGGCGGCUUCGUCGGCUGCUUCCUUGAUAAUACCGUGCCAGGGACGCCGGAGGAGCGCGGUAUCCUAUCCUGGCGUCAGAAUUUAGCCGCCGAGAAUUCCAUCUACAACAAAGACUCCAACAUGUACGAUCUUCCCUUGGUCACUAAGUGCUUCCGGCGGGCCGGAUGGUGCGCCUAUAUCCCCAUCUCCCCAUCAUUCGACAAGGAUGUGUCUCUGAUCUGUCAGAAGUGUUGCUGCUGUAAGAACUCCAAUACAGAUAAUACCGGUCCAGAAAAAUACGCGUAUGAAAACUCUGUAGAUGUUGAAGUGCCAGUUGUGCAACAGAAUGGAACGAAAAUGUGACGUAAUUCAAAUAACAAAAUAUGACGUGGUGAAACCUGUGACGUAUUUCAAAUACCGAAUUGUGACGUAAUUCAUAUAACAAAAUGUAACGUAGUGCAAAAAGCAAAGUGUGACGUAUUGCAAAAAGCAAAUGAUCAGGUAAUUUUGCAAAAUGCAAAAUUCAAACUGUGAAGGAAGUGCUAAAGAAACUAAUACUAAUGUUGUCAGCCAUUUCGAAAGUAGCUUCCUAGUGACAGAAUGGCUGGCUUUAUAAAAACAUUCCUGAUUUGAUUUUUUGUAAGUAACGGACACAAACGUCUUAUACGCGCAACGUUAAAUUCUUACUUGCAAUCGAUCGCCUGAAAGCAAGUAGCAGAAAAUGACAUUUCGGUAGGCCAAGUGUGUCAGCCCUCCUCCACUGUUUAUUUUAAUCCAUGUCAACUCUUGUAGUGUGUAUAGAAAUGAUAAAUUGUCGGUGAAGUUCUACAUUUUUUAUGUAAUUUUCUGCUGCAUUUAUUGUGAAAAGUUAGUUAAUUGAGCCAUUGAAUCAUGUUGCGAUUGCUCCAAUGUUUCUGACGCGAUGUAAACGUCAUAUUUUAACUUUAUUCGGGGAAUGUAACUUCAAGAUGGUGUUGCAAUUUUAAAAAAGUUAAUCGGCAAUGGGCACAGUAUAGUUUUACACUUUAUAGAUGCACAAAAGAAAGGUAUUGAUUUUGAUAUAUUAUAAUGUUUAACUAUUUGAUUUUAACAUGAUUUUUGCAGUUUGUAUAAAUGCAUUUUUUUGCGUAGUGUUAACCAAUAGUGUGCCUCUUUUAAAUCGAUAAUUUAGCCUUACAAUGCUUUGUCGACAACAUGUCUGACUGGUCAGUGUUUAUUUCAGGAAUGAAUUUUCGGACUCCACACACUUUUACCAGCCCAAAUGCGUUCAUACCUCGAUAAUGAAGUCAAUCAUUCCUUUCAUUUUCACCAAAAGUUCAAUAUUUCUUACCAUAAUUGUUAAAAAAAUACUUUCAUUUGAGAAUACCUUUUAGUAAUUUCUUUUCACCCAUUCUGUAGAUGGAUCGACCCGACCGUCACAUGGAACACUUUAUUAAAUGACGUCAUACAAACGCGAGAAAGAAUAUAAUUAUUUCAUAGUUGAUACGUCAAAUUACUUUUUAACGUAAAAUUAAAACGCUAAUAAUAGCAAUAAUCCUAACAAAUCAUAAAUGAUAAUUUUUCGACACAUUGUUUGAAGUUGAGGUGAAAAUACAUGUAAAUAUAUGAAUAUAAGUAAGCUGGUGACUUCUAUAUAUGAAACUUAUUUUAACUUCGCCCAGUACUUAGAUACGAUAUGCUACAACGUAGAGGCGUGACGCACUACGUGUGCGGGUUCAUCUACGUAUGAACUACUUUUUGAGUCUCACGUCAUCAAGAUAUGUGUUGUAUGUAUGCAUAAUUAAUACGAAAUCCAAAAUGUUAUGUCAUAUGACAGAAUAUAAAUUAUAUCUUAACUGCUUGUUCAGAACGUUGUUUAUGAACCUGAUCUCUUAUAAUGAAAUGCUAUAAUACAUAAACCACUGAAAGGUUUUUGUGCAUUUCAUGUAAUUUAUUUCAUAUCAUGCGGGUAUGAAUAAGUUUUUUUUUGCAGAAAACAUAUCAUUCAAUCUCUGGACCUUAUAAAUAAAAUACAAAAACUUUGUAUACGAAACAGUGGAUAUGAAUUUAAAUAAUUUCAAAAUUAUUAUUUUGUGCAUCUUUAUGUCCUGAAUUUAAACUUUUUAAGAUUGUAGAUAGUGUAUAUUAAUAAAACUGUAUAUUAAAGCA